AUUGCGGCACAGACGCUUUCCUUUGUGAUAGUUUGUCGACAUUACAUCACACGUAACCUCGCAAACGAAUAGAAUAAAGACGUGGCUUCACUGAAAUCCGCCAAGCGCCCGGGUCAUUUCAGAUGAUCAUGCAUCAUCGAAUCAUUGCGAUAACUGGGUGCGAAUUUCACUGCGGACGGCUCUUUUCGGAAGCAACAAGGCUGAAGCUCACAGGCAUGAAAACGAUAGGCGGAGCAAAUCAUUAAAAGCAAUUCAGGGGCUCGUAGGCUCGUGCCGAGUGACUUCCGGAGAGGGCGCCUCGUUAGGAUUUACCUUAAUCACCAUCCUCGACUGCUACUUAUUACAUUUAAUUUUACAAUCGCAACUCAUCAUACUAGUCUUCACUCCUGGGAUACAGACGCUUUAAUUUUGGUCCGCAUGUUUUGCUUCAACAAUGCAGCAUGGCUGCUCCUGCCUCUAUACACACACUGGUCUGUUGCGCAACCGUUCCCAUCAAUUGCGGAAGUCGAUCUUCUUUUCCCUAGAAAUGACACUUACGCGCCCACGCCUCUUAUGCCCCUGGUAUUCGCCAUACAUAAUCCUACAGACGCUGCCGCCCUAAAUCUAGCUUUGGAAUGGGCCCUCCGAUAUCCGGCAGGUGCCAAUCAUCUAGCCGUUGUGAGCGAUGGAGUCAUUACCCAGUCAUAUUCCCCAACCACCACUUCCAAUAUAUAUUACAUGUUCAGCAGUCUUUACAACCUCACCAUACUGGAAGGCGCCUGGGAGCUCAUCUGGUUACUUUCUUCUGACAACUGCACCAUGUUUCCGCCCAAUGGCUCUUCCACAGUUGGGUACACCCAAAUAAAAAGCAUUAUAUUCAACACCAAUAAUAGCGCUCCGGCAACUGAUCUUCUUGCUGCAACAACCAAUGAUGUUUGUGCUAGUGCAGAAAGCUUCACCUUUAAUAUUACAGGCAUCGAAAAGAUAUCUUUAGGGGCUGGGGCUGGUAUGACUACUUGUGCAGUUGUUGCGUCUACAUCGCCUAUAACUACCCCUACUCCAAACCCUUGUGCGGCGCAGUUGAAUGCAGCUGACGCGUCAAGCAUUUCGGCAUCACUUACAGCUUCGGCUUGUGGUCUACCCUCUUCGUUAGUGAGCUGCCCGGCUAGGAGUGUAGGGGUAAUACAGCGCCGCUUGAGAGGAUCGACGUGGGUAAUAGCAACUUUUUCCUGGCUUCUAUACACGGUCGUCGGAUGAAUGAUUCAAUGUACUGAUAUCUCCUAUAAUAAUUUUCCUAUAAUACUACCGUUCCUCUUAC